AUGAGGGCAUCCCUGCUCGGUCUCGGCGCCCUUGCUGGUCUGGCGACAGCAAACAUCAACUUCUUCUGGGUCAACCCAACUUGCGAGUUCAACACUAUUGAAGCGAACGACUGUUUGACUGGCCAGCACUGCACAGAGCAGAAUACAUGUGCAACAGAUCUGAAGAGCGACAAGUCCAAAAUCCUGUCUCGGUCCUCUCUCCGCGUAGGUCGAGUAAAGAAGCAGGCCGGGAAAUACUCCACUGACGGUCAAUGCGGCCCUGCGAAUGGUAACCUGCUUUGCGACCCAAAGAGCACCGCGUACACCGGCUCUUGCUGUAGUCAAUACGGCUGGUGCGGAAACACACCCGGCCAUUGCGGAACUGGAUGCCUAUCUGGCUGCGGCAAGGAUGCUGAGCCCACCUCCGUGACGCCUGUGGCAACGCCUAAGCCAGCACCUGGAGCCCCGACUAGGGACGACGGAAGAUGCGGCAAGGAUUUUGCAGGAGCAUCGUGUGACGCGAAGGGUCCUUAUGGUGGCUGCUGUUCAUCCUAUGGAUACUGUGGUAGCACUGAUGGUCACUGCCUUGCCGCCAACGGAUGCCAGAACGGCUGCAAAGACUCGACUCCAGUAAUCAGCUCAAGGGCCGAUGCUACGCCUGCCGUAUCUAGGCCACCUUCCACAACGACCUCUGGUGAACCCGUUCUUGGUAAGCCCUCGAGCGUGGUUAGCGCAAAACCGUCCCCUACUGGUGUUCCCACUACCGAUGGAAGCUGCGGAGCGAAGUUUGGAAACACUAUUUGUGGUGACUGGGCCCAGGGAGCCUGCUGCUCCAUGUACGGAUACUGCGGUAAUACUACAGGCCACUGUGGUGAGGGAUGCCAGAACGGUCCUUGUGUUAAAUUGCCUGGCCAGGCUGCACCUGCUGCCAGUCCCGCCCCAGCCGCACCUAAACCCGGCACUAUCGUGAUCAAGGGUAGAUCUGGUGUGCCUGCCAUGCACGCUGGCCUGCUGCCCAACGGCAAGGUCGUGUUCCUAGACAAGGUCGAGAACUACACCGAUCUCAAGCUCCCGAACGGUCAAUACGCCUACUCUUCCGAAUAUGACCCGGCCACACAGAAGUUGGUGCCCUUGUCAUACAAGACCAACGCUUUCUGUUCCGGUGGCAUUUUCCUUGCCGAUGGUCGAUUCGCUUCUCUGGGUGGCAACGCGCCCCUUGAUUUCAUCGACCCCACUGUCAAAGAUGGCUUCAAGGGCAUUCGUUUCCUCAAGCGAUCGGCUUCUGACAAUUCCCUCGAUGGACAAGCUUGGGACGAGCCCGGUCCGCAACUCGACACUGCUCGUUGGUACGCUUCUGUCCAGAUCAUGCCUGACGACACCAUCUUUGUCGCUUCUGGAAGUUUGAACGGCCUUGACCCCAGCAAGCCGGAGAACAACAACCCUACCUACGAGUGGUUGAAUGCCGACGGUACCCCACAAGGCAAGAGCACCAACAUGGAGAUCUUGAGCAAGAACCAGCCUUACUACAUGUACCCGUUCCUGCACUUGAUGAAGGAUGGCAACCUUUUCGUUCAGGUAGCCAAGUCUGCUGAGAUCUUCAACACUGCUACCGGCAACGUUGUUCGCCAGUUCGCAGAUUUACCUGGAUCAUACCGUACUUACCCCAACACGGGUGGUUCUGUUUUGAUGCCCCUAUCGAGUGCAAAUGACUGGAACCCAGAUGUUAUCAUCUGUGGUGGAGGCCCAUACCAGGACAUCACUGCUCCGGCUGACCCAUCCUGUGGUCGCAUCAGGCCUCUUGACGCCAACCCCGACUGGGAGAUGGACUCGAUGCCUGAAGGCCGUGGUAUGGUGGAAGGUACCCUGCUCGCGGAUGGAACCAUCGCUUGGGUCAACGGAGCCCAGGAAGGUGCUCAGGGUUUCGGUGUUGCCAAAGAUCCCGCCCUUGAGGUUCUCCUUUACGACCCCAACCAGCCCAAGGGCAAGCGCUUCACCACCGGGCCCAAAUCGACCAUUGCGCGUCUAUACCACAGUGUUGCCCUUCUCCUUCUCGACGGCACGCUUCUCAUCUCCGGCUCCAACCCUGUCGAGCAGCCCAUCCUAACGCCAACGGCCAAGGAUCCCUAUGUCACCGAGUUCCGCAAUGAGAUCUACACGCCUCCUUAUCUCCAGGGCAAUCCUACACGUCCCUCAAACGUCCAAAUCUCGAGCAAGGACCUCAAGGCCGAUGGCUCAACUUUCACCAUCAAGUUCACCGCUCCAGCCAACUCCAAGGCUGUCAAAGUCUCUCUCUACUAUGGUGGUUUCGUCACGCACUCUGUACACAUGGGUCAUCGCAUGGCUUUCCUCGACAACACUGGUUUCAAUGGUGGCAGCACCGCUCAAACCAUUACAGUCACGAUGCCUCCCAACAAGAGCGUGGCGCCUGCUGGUCCCUAUGUCGUCUACGUUCUUGUAGAUGGCGUUCCUGCCAUUGGCCAGUUCGUCAAUGUCUCGUAA